UCAUUAGAAUAAUUGAGAGAUUAUUAUGAGAAAGUUUUUUUCUGUUAGAAAAGUAGAAUAACUAAACAUUAUUUUUGAAAUGCUGAAUCGUUUUCGAGGCAAGAAGGCUGUUAAAGGCUCUGAGUCAUCAACAGACAGCAAUGAAAUUCCUGAAAAGAAGCAGGGCUUUUUAUGUCCAAUGUGUAUGGCAUCAUUUCCUGGACCAGCUGAAUUGCAAGUUCAUUUUGAGAAAGUGCAUAGUGGCGGAACUUUAGUAGAAGAGAAGCUUUUAAACCUUGAUGAUGAUAAUGACGAUGAUGGUGAUCAUACAGAUGCUUUGCCUGAUCAUAGUAAAAAUGAUGGUUUAGUGCACUCUUUUCUUGACACUCAAACAGAUAAAUAUGACUCUGAAGAAAAAGAGACUAGUCUGCUCCGACAUGAGCUUUUUGAGUUAAAAUCAGAGCUAAAGGAAGAAAAGUGGUAUAGUAGGCAGCUAAAAGUUGAGCUGGAAACAAUUUCAUCACAGCUUGAAAAGUUAGAAGAGGAUAAAAAAUUAGUUGAAGAAGAAUAUCAAAAUCAGUUAAAAUCUGCUGAGAUAGGAUACCUAUCAGUUGUUGAAGAAAACAAAAAGUUAAAAGAAGAAAUUAAGUUUGCUGACUAUCAUACAACAAAAGAACGUCAUGAAAAGCUUAAAUUACAACUGUUACAAUCCCAAAAUGAAGUUGAAGAAGAAAAACAACGUAGAAUUGUACUUGAAGAAAUGAUUAGGACUAUAAGAGCUGAACAUCAAGUAAAAGAUAAUGACAUGUCCAGUCAAACUAAUGAAGAAACAAUUAGUUCAAAUUACAAAAUUAAUUGUCUGGAACUUGAAAGGUUAAAUGAUGUCAUUAAGAAACAAAUAUCAGACAAUCAAGAUUUAAUUGAAAAACAAAUUAAAGGAGAUGCUGAAGUAAAUUCUCUUCGUCAUCAGUUGUCAAGCUUAGAGCAACUUAAAAAUGAAAUUGAACAAAAGUGCAUGUCAAAAGACACACAAAUAAGCAGUUUACAGACAGCAAUAAACACUUCUUCAGAAGCUUUGAGCAUUGUUCAUGAGCAAGUAAAUCAACAAAGAAAUGAAAUUCAAAGUUUGGAACAAAAAAUUAUGCUUCUUGAAUGUUCACUUAAAGAAAAAUCUGAGAUAAACAAUUCAAAUGAACUUGCAAUUAAAACUGCUCAAGAACAAUUGACUGCAGAGAAAUCUACAAUCAUUAACAUGGAAAAGGAUUUAGUUAAUUAUAAGCUUAGUGUUGAUGAGCUUCAACAGAAAAAUACUGAUUUAAUGGAUACUUUAAAAGAGUUAGAACCUAAGUUACUUUUUGAGAAAAGCCAAGUUGCAAGACUUGAACGAGAGCAAGUAGAAUUAAUUGCAAAGAUAGAAACAGGUGAAGGGUCCAAUGCAGUUAUUCAGCAACUCUCUCAAGAAAAGAUUCUACUUUCUGAUUCAAUAUCUUCACUUGAGAAGAAUUUAGAAAAUCAAACAAAGUUACACAAGGAGCAAGUAAAAGAAAUGAUUCAUGAACAAACUAUUCUUCAAGAAAGAGUACAAAAUUAUGAAAAUGAGAUUAAGAAAAUGGAAAAUUUGUUACAAGAUUUCAAAGAUGCUGAAAAAAAACAUCUUGAUUUAAUCUCUUCGUUGAAUGAGCAGUUAAAAACAAAAACUGAUGUUUCUGAGCAACAGAUUAUCGAGAUAAAAACUGUUAAAGAACAACUUGACAAUCUAAUACCUAACCAUGCUCAACUUCAGCAACAGUUUAAAGAAUCAAAUGAAUUAAUACAAAAGAUGAAGGCAGAAAAUGCUCAACUUGAACAAAUUGAGACAGAGCUUCUUGGAAAAGCUACUGAUAUGCGUGCUGAACUUGAAAAAAUUCAAUUUGAAAAAAGUUCGCAAAUAAAAGAACUUCAUGACCAGUUGCUCUUAAAAGAUGAAAGUAUGUCGAAGAUUAUUCAUGAAAAAGAAACAGCGAUUCAAAGUUUAUAUGAAGAGAUUGACAAAAAAAAACAAGAAAUUAUUAUAAAAGCAGAAGAAAUAAAUAAUGAAAAAAUAAAUUUAGAAAAAGAAAUUGAAAUUCGUACAUCUUUGGCUGCUGAGCUUCAAGAUUGGAAAUCAAAAUUUGAAAAGUUGGAACAUUAUCUGGAAAUAAAAGAUGAAACACUCAAUAGCCUACAAUCAAAACUUGAGAUAGCUGAGCAAGAUUUAAAAAAGCCAUGUUUGUCAUGUAAAAAUUAUGAGAUUCAGCUGUGUCGUUUGCAGGAAAGUCUAAAGGAAGAAAAUGGUCGUUUAAAUCUAUUAUCUCAGCAGUUAACUGCAUUGCAGUUUGAAGCACAGGAAAAAAAUUUAAAGAAUGAAAAGUUGAAUUCAAAUAUUAUAGAAGUUACAAAUCAGUUUCAUGAAAAACUGUCUCUUUUAGAAGAAAAGAUUUCCGAGGCUGCCAAGGAAAAGAUUUCGUUAAGUGAACAACUGAUAAAAACUGAACAAAAGUUAAAUGAGGAAUCCUUGUUUAGAGAAGCAAUGGAAAAAUCUUUAAAAGAAGAAUCUUUCCUCAGAGAAACAUCAGAGAAAGCUCUCAAAGAAGAAUCUUUGCUCAGAGAAAAGUAUGAAAAGUCUUUCAAAGAAGAAUCUUCGCUUAGAGAAGCAUUAGAUAAAUCUCUUAAAGAAGAAGCAUUGUUUAGAGAAGCAUUAGAUGAGUCUCUCAAAAAAGAAUCCACAAUGAGAGAAAAUUUAGAAAAAGAAGUGGUAGAAUUAAAAACCUCUUUAGAGGAGAAAGAAGAAAAAUUAAAGGAAGCUAUUGUAGCAAUAAAGCAUAAUGAAGUGCGUUUAUACGAUUUAAAUGAUUCAUUAAUACUUAAAGAAAAUGAAAUCACUAAGAUAUGGAAUGAAAAACAACAGCUAGAAAAAGAUAUCUUGAAAAAAGAAAGCAGUUUAUUGAUGGUCAUAGAUGAAGGAAAAGUUGCAUUAGAGAAGGAGGUGAAAUCCCAUAAAGAAUCAAAAGAAGAAGCCUCACAAAUUCAACUUACACUAAAAGAAGAAAUUAAAAGUUGGGUAGAAAAAUUUAAACAAGUCAGUGAAGAUUCGCAGUCCAAAAUUAAGAGCUUGGAGAAGAUAGCUAAUGAUCUAAAGGGGGAUGUUACUGUCUUAGAAGCUCGUAUUGAAAAUUGCAAUGAUGAAAAAAAAGCUCUCUUGGAUAGGAUUUUGUCAACAGAAGAAAAGUACAAGAAGUGUAAGCAAACAUUAAAUGAAACAAAUAAAAAACUGGAGCAAUCAGUCGCUGGUUUGCAAGAAUUAGGCCAAGAAUAUCAAAAUUUGCAGGUUCGUCAGGUCAUGCUGUCCAACAGACAAUGGGCAGAUGAUAGCUAUGCUAACAGUUGCAAGAAAUGUAAUAAACAGUUCAAUUUAACCACGAGAAAACAUCAUUGCAGACAUUGUGGCAUGAUCUUCUGCGGAACUUGUUCGCAAUACUCAGCGGUGAUUGCUUCUAAUAAAAAUCCUGUACGGGUCUGUGAAACAUGCUCAAUCGAACUUAGUGAUAUACGAGGAACAAACGUCAGGAGAAUUUCGAAUUCGUCCAUACACUCUGCACAAUCUUACCGGUAAUCGAAUCUGCAAUGAGGUCACAAUUAGUUCUGUUUCAAUUUUAAAAUUUGAUUACUUUUUAGUAGUUAAACAUAGCAAAAUAGAUAAAGUUUUAUAAUGAAGUUUGGUUUCUUCAAAUUGAUAUCGCCUCGGUGUACGCACAUUCGUACUAAUGUUAUAUAAAUUACAUAUCGUCACGGUCAUUUUGCAAUCAAAAAGUCAGUUUUCAUGUUUUGAAAAAAUUUUAAAAAGUUAAUUAGCUUCGCUAUUUCUUCUGUUACAUUAGUUUUUGUGACAUGUUUUAACUUUAACCUUUUCAAAUAAUCACAUAAAAUAACUAUCGUUUUAUUAUUAUUUAUUGUGUAAUAGAAGACUGUUUAAACAAUUCCAUUAACUCUAGAUUCACCAAAAAUGACUUUUGUGACGGUUGUGAAAUGAUCGUGACAAUAUAAUAUUACUAUAUAUUUGUAGAUAUAAAUUUAUAUUCGCAUUUUGUUUGAUUUUAAUAUAUAUUUUUUUAUGUGGAUUAUUAGGUCUUUAUAAAUAUAUAUGUUUGCGCGCGCGUGUCUGUGUAAGUGUUUGCGUGUGUGUAUGUUAGCGAUAAAUUGAUGGUAUGCUUUCGGUUCUUUUA